AAUGGUGCACGAAGAUUCCCGAAGCGUCAAAACAAGCAACUCUGCCAUUUUGUUCGUGGCUUGAUCCGUGCACGCCGUUUCUGGUUCAGCGCUGAUCAAAUUCGCUCGAAAUAUUUGAUUAUCUCGACCAGAAGCGUUUCAUUUGUUUUGAAUCAACAAUGGCAACCAUGAAGGCAGAGAAUCCGGAAAAGCCUGGCCAAGAGUCGGCACCUAUCCAUCGCAUCCGCAUCACGCUGACCUCUUGCAACGUGCGCUCUUUGGAGAAGGUCUGCAGCGACCUUAUCCUCGGCGCCAAGAAGCAAAAGCUCCGUGUCAAGGGCCCCAUUCGCAUGCCGACCAAGACGCUUAGAAUCACCACUCGCAAAACACCUUGUGGUGAAGGUUCCAAGACCUGGGAUCGCUUCCGUAUGUUGAUCCACAAGCGCGUCAUUGAUCUUCACUCUCCUUCCGAGAUUGUGAAGCAGAUCACCUCAAUUUCCAUUGAACCUGGUGUAGAGGUUGAGGUCACCAUUGCUGAUUCUUAAACUGUUUAUGUUUAAGCAAGUUUUGUUUUUCUACAUGUAUGAUAGAAAAUAAAGAAAAAAAAAACUGAAAA